UCGCUGUGCAGGAGCGCGCCCCCGCGGCUGCUCGGGCACGCGUCCGCGCGCAUGUGAGUGUGUGUGUGUGUGUGUGUGUGCGUGUGUGUGUGCGCCCCUGUGCGAGCGCGGGUGUCUCGGCGCCGCCUGCGUGCGGGGGGUGUUUGUGUGCGAUCCGCACCGAGCCUCCCCGGCUGCCGCGAUACUCGCCUCCGCCGCCGCCGCCCCGGCGGCUCCGCGAAGCGCCCGCGCAGCGGGUCGGCAUCUUCAUGGGUUGCCACCAUGCUUAGGCCCCGGAGAUUUCGGGCGAAGAUGAAGAGUGCUGACAGCCAUCGCUGCUUAUAAUCAGUAACUCUGAUGCUUGGAGGGUUGGCGAUGAGAUAUUUUCAUGAGACCUAUUUAAAUCUCUCCACUUCUACGAGGCUAGUUUUGGAGAAUGUUGGGAAUAAGCGUUAUGUCAGAUAUGGCUGAGACUCCGAAGAUGACCCACAUGUUUUACAUUUUUCACAAUUUUUGGGAAAUAAAAUGUACGCUUGCUGCUCUACAGUAACUUUGGAACAGGAUCUCAACAAAAAAAUGCAUAUCUGGAUGCUGCAGACAAUUGUAUUUGCUUUAACAUCUCUAGUCCUUUCAUGGGCAGAAAGCAUUGAGUAUUAUGGGGAAAUCUGUGAUAAUGCAUGUCCUUGUGAGGAGAAGGACGGCAUCUUAACAGUAAGCUGUGAAAACAGAGGAAUCAUCAGCCUUUUUGAGAUCAGUCCACCAAGGUUCCCUGUCUACCACCUCUUGUUGUCUGGGAACCUUUUGAACAGGCUCUACCCAAACCAGUUUGUUAAUUACACGGGAGCUUCGAUUUUGCAUCUGGGUAGCAACGACAUACAAGACAUCGAAACAGGGGCCUUUCAUGGUCUGAAAGGUUUAAGGAGGCUGCACCUGAACAAUAACAAGCUGGAACUUUUACGAGAUGACACUUUCCUUGGGCUAGAGAGUUUGGAAUACCUACAGGUCGAUUAUAAUUAUAUUAGCGUCAUUGAACCCAAUGCCUUCAGCAAACUGCAUUUGCUGCAGGUGCUGAUUCUCAAUGAUAACCUCCUCUCCAGUUUGCCCAACAACCUUUUCCGUUUUGUGCCCUUAACUCACCUGGACCUAAGGGGUAACCGGCUAAAGCUGUUGCCCUAUGUGGGCCUUUUGCAGCACAUGGAUAAAGUGGUGGAGCUGCAGCUGGAGGAGAACCCCUGGAAUUGCUCCUGUGAGUUGAUUGCUCUAAAGGAUUGGCUGGACAGUAUCUCAUACUCUGCUCUGGUGGGAGAUGUGGUUUGUGAGACCCCUUUCCGCUUACAUGGUCGAGACUUGGAUGAAGUCUCCAAGCAGGAGCUUUGCCCCAGGAGGCUCAUCUCGGAUUAUGAAAUGAGACCACAGACACCAUUAAGCACCACAGGGUAUUUUCACACUACCCCAGCUUCGGUCAACUCAGUGGCCACUUCUUCUUCAGCUGUUUACAAAUCCCCCUUGAAGCCCCCCAAAGGGACCCGCCAACCCAACAAGACGAGGGUGCGCCCUACCUCCCGCCUGCCCUCAAAAGAUCUGGGAUACAGCAACUACGGCCCCAGCAUUGCCUAUCAGACCAAAUCCCCGGUGCCUUUGGAGUGCCCCACUGCCUGCACUUGCAAUUUGCAGAUUUCUGAUCUGGGCCUCAAUGUCAAUUGUCAGGAGAGGAAGAUUGAGAGUAUUUCUGAACUGCAGCCCAAACCCUAUAAUCCUAAAAAGAUGUAUCUGACGGAAAACUACAUUGCUUUGGUACGCAGGGCAGAUUUUGUGGAUGCUACUGGGCUGGAUUUGCUGCACCUGGGCAAUAAUCGGAUCUCGGUCAUUCAGGACCGGGCUUUUGGGGAUUUAACUAAUUUGCGAAGGCUGUACCUGAAUGGGAACCGGAUCGAGCGGCUGAGCCCGGAGCUGUUCUAUGGGCUGCAAAGCCUGCAGUACCUCUUCCUGCAGUACAACGUCAUCCGGGAGAUAGAGGCAGGCACCUUUGAACCUGUCCCCAACCUUCAGCUCUUGUUUUUGAACAACAAUCUUCUGAGAUCUUUGCCAGGGAACAUUUUUUCUGGUUUGUCUCUCUACAGGCUGAGCCUGCGGAGCAACCACUUCUCCUAUCUGCCGGUGAGCGGGGUGCUGGACCAACUGAAAUCCCUGCUGCAGAUCGACUUGCAUGAGAACCCCUGGGACUGCACCUGCGACGUGGUGGGCAUGAAGCUGUGGUUGGAGCAGCUCAACACCGGUGUCCUGGUGGACCAGGUUAUCUGCGAGUCCCCUAAGAAGUUUUCCCAGAACGACAUGCGGGCUGUCCGGGUGGAGCUGCUCUGCCCCGACUACUCGGACAUCGUCGUCUCCACACCCACGCCGUCCCCGGGCCAGCUGCCGGCCAGGACCACCCCUUCCUCCUCCACCGUGCGGCUCAACGGCACGGCGGCGGCGGGCGGCUCUGCGCCCGCGGGCGGUGCCGGCGGCGGCAGCUCCUCGGUGCCGCUGUCGGUGCUGAUCCUCAGCCUGCUGCUGGUCUUCAUCAUGUCGGUCUUCGUGGCGGCGGGGCUCUUCGUUCUGGUGAUGAAGCGGCGCAAAAAGGGUCAGGGUGACCACGCCAGCGCCAACAACUCCGACGUGAGCUCCUUCAACAUGCAGUACAGCGUCUACAGCGGCAGCCACCAGCACCACCACCCCCACCUCCAGCAGCACCCGCCACACCGCGGCAGCGGCGGUGGGGGAGGUGGCGGGGGAAGCGCGGUGCUGCCUAAAGUGAAGACCCCCGCCGGCCACGUCUACGAGUACAUCCCGCACCCUCUGGGCCACAUGUGCAAAAACCCCAUCUACCGCUCCCGGGAGGGCAACGCGGGAGAGGAUUACAAAGACCUCCACGAGCUCAAGGUCACCUACAGUAGCCACCCCCUGCAACCCGGGGGGGGUGUGCCGCCGCCCCCGCCGCCCCCGCCGCCCGGCGGGGAGGAUGCGCCCGUGCGCAGCCCCGCGUACAGCGUGAGCACCAUCGAGCCGCGGGAGGAGCUGCUCUCCCCAGUGCAAGACGCCGAUCGCUUUUACAGGGGCAUUUUGGAGCCCGACAAACACUCCUCCUCCUCCACGCUGGGCACACCCGGCUCCACCCUCCCCGACUACUCCAAGCUCCCCGCCGCCUACACCUACUCCCCAAACUAUGACCUUAGGCGUGCCCAUCAGUACUUGCACCCGGGGCCGGGGGACGGCAGGCUCCGGGAGACGGUGCUCUACAGCCCCCCGAGUACUGUCUUUGUAGAGCCCAACAGGAACGAGUACCUGGAGCUAAAAGCAAAACUAAACGCAGAGCCGGACUACCUCGAAGUGCUGGAAAAACAGACCACAUUCAGCCAGUUCUGAGAAACAGCUUCCCUCUCCCCCAACCACAGCAGCUCCUUCUCUAGAGUAUUUGUAUUUAACAACCACACGCAAAACAAAGAAACGUAAAUGCUGACCUCCUCCUCGCCCCCCCCUCCCACUUUUUUUCCCCUUUUAAUUCAUUUUAUUGUAGGGUGAAGUGCCUUGGCACAGGAUUUUUCAGCUUCGGUGAAUGAUUUUGAAAGGGUGUGCUGUUUAUUUUAUUUUUUAUUUUUGUUUUAUUGUGUUUGGAAAUAGGAAACCACUUAUUGUGUAAAUUGAGCACAACACUGGUAUUGUGCAUAUGUCCAUAUAUGCUUGGGGAAGGUGGUAGGGUGGUCUUGUCAGGUCAUAUUCAGGUUACAAAUACAAAAGUAAUGGUCACUUUUUUUUUUCUUUUUUUUUUGUGUGUACAAACAUUUUUAAAUUUUGUUUUCCUUCUGGUUGAAGAGUACAGCGCACAUUUUCCCCUUUUAGCCAUGAGUGAGUCUAAAUGGCUUUUAUGGAGAGAUUAGCACACCCCAACUUUAAUACAAGGUUUCCUUUUUUUAAGGAUGUGUUUGUAUGCUUUCUGGACUUUUGAAUUAAAAAAUAUAUUAUGAUAUUUAAAAGGAUCACUGUAGAUGUGGAAAAAUCAUUAAAGAGUGCAGAGAUAUAUGAUCCAUAACUGGUUAGUGAAAAUAACUUAUUGAUGAAAUAUAAAAAAAUAUUUUAUUGUAGCACCUAUUUUUAUAUGCACAUUAGCAUUUCUCUUUCCUUCACUAUUUUAGGGCCUAAUCCUGCAAAUUCUUACUUGCUUGAGUGUCUUUACUUGUCAAAGAAGCCCCAGAUUAGGCCUUCAUCCUGCAGGCACAUGAACAACUUUAGCAACGUGCAUAGUUUGUAGACUCACUCAUUGAGCAAAGUCAGUCAAAUGUCCAAAAGAUUACAAUAAAGGAUGAAGAACUAUUCUUACAAGUAAAACUACUAGGAUGUUUUAAGUGUUUUUUAUUUUUUCAGGAUGGGGUCCAAAGUCUGCCAAUUGCUUUAAAGUGUUGCACUACACCAAGAGCUUUUUUUCCAAAGCUGAUGUAGUAUCAGGGGGAGCUUUUAAAUCACUACAGAUAAUGCCAAUUAUGACCAAAUUGUAACAGACAAUCUAAGACAUAUAAUUUGACCACAAGAGAAAAAAAUAAUGUUCCUCUAUUUUAAAAUUACCUUUUAGUAACCUCUCGUUCAGGCGUCUGGUUGGGCAAACUAGUGAGGGACAUGUAGAAGAUAUUAAUUUUACCAGGAAAAAAGUGUAUUUCAUUUUUGAUUUGUCAGUGUUCUUCUUUUUUUUUUUUUUUUUUUCAUUAUUUAACCAAAUUAUAAUGGUUUUACAAUUGUUGUAGCCAUUUCUGAUUGUUUAGUUAAGUAAGAUUGCACUUGUACAGAUCCACAUGUUUACUGGUAUCCUGAAAGACCAAAUUAUGGACUGUACACAUCUAUAUACAAUGUCUUUACCCCUUUGGGCAGCAGGCAAUGGCAAAGAUAUUCAUAUACACAGCAUCACUGUAAAUGGGACAACUGAUGUCUCAUAUGUAUCCCAGCACAUGUGAUUUUUUAAUAGUUUCUGAAUAAACACUUGAUAAAUAUUUCAAAUGUCAGAACAUGAAGUAAUGAGUACCUGAAGUUUAAAAUUCCUUGCCAAAAUUGUCUGUUUGUGUGUUGGAUUCUCUUUUCUAGCAAUUAAGGCUCAUCAGAAAGAUCUAACAUUUUUAGGCAAAAUAUAAUGUGUUGUCUAUUUUCAAAACACAACGUAUGAUAAUUACCAGCAUAUAUAACAUGGAUCAGAGAGUGACACAUGGGUAUGUGUUUCACCAGCAUACUGGAUAGGAUAGUUUUAUAUUUAUGUUUUGUCUUCUUGCUGAAGCGUUCUUUAAUAUAUGGAAUGGAGUGUUAUUUCACAUGCGGUUUUGUCUUUUUUCAUUAGGUUAUCAUGUUUGGUAUUGUUUGCAGAAUUGCUCACUAGCACAUUUUUUAUUGCUAAAGGGCUCUGUUCUCUUCUGCUUUUUCUCUCCAUGUACAAACCGUCACUUUCUACAAAGACAAAGCUAUAUAACUGGUCCUUUGGAAUUCAAGAUAAAUGUUUUUUUUUCUUGGCAUGUGUUCUUCCCUCUAUGCCACCCACACUGAGAAAAAAAAAAAAAAAAGAAAGUGUGACUGUAUUUAGCUUGGACAGUUUAGUCAGUGGAGUGUUAUUUCAGUUAGAAAUACAGAUAUGAAGAGUAUUCUUUUGUUACUAGAGACACAACACAUGGCUGUUCUGUGCACUGCUCUCGAUCUCCUGUAGACCUCCUGCUGACACUAGUGAGACAUGUGGGUAUUGCUGCCUGAGGUGCAGUUCUGGAGCCCUAAUUUUGAAUUACCUCCUUUAUAACUAUUGCUGAAACCAGUGGCCUGGUUCUCCUUCCAUUUAAACUCAGCAGAGGCCCACUUGUUAAACAGGCAUAAGUAAGAAAAUUUUCAGCCUCACUGGCUUCCUCAUUCACUAAGCAAAAGUGUGACUCAAGUAAAGAUUGAAUGAGAAGGUCCUACAAACAGUACGUUUCUGUUCAUGUGUACAUGUAUUUCUUUUUCUCUGUGUUUCUAAACUCAUAAACAGCAGUUUGAAUAGGUGUCAAUACAAAUGUAGGAUUAGGCCCUUCACAUGAAAGGUACAUUUUACAUGGCAUUCUGCCACAAAGAGGCAGCAUCCACAAAUGAGUAAAUGAGCAGGAAUUGCCUGGUUUUGUAAGAAAUAGCUGAUAGAAAUGCCUCAGCAGUCUGUUUAUGCUUGCAUUCUGAUGCUGCCAUUUCUGAAGCCUGUAGUAGCGCUGCUUCCAUGUUUUCUGCACACAAUAACUGGUAAUGAAGAAUUUUUCUACGUGUCUAUAUUAAAACUGGAACAAUUAAUUUAAAUCUCUUCAAUUUCUCAUCUUCACUAGAAAAAUAUAUUAUCAAUUCCAUUACUGGAGGAAAAAAAAAAAAAACAGAAAUAGCAUCAAUUACCUUCAGAAAGUGCAUUGUUGAAGAUAAAUCCUUAAAAAAGGAUACAGAGUGCAAAAUAGUAUUCUUUAGUUCAUAAUUAUCCUGAAACACACCAGAAAGGGCUAUUUGUAAAUGAGGACUUUAAUGGAAGCAGGAUUUCCCACUCCCUGGCUACAAUGAUAUAUUAUCUGUGGAAAUUUAUAGUGAGAACAUGUAGAUGGGAAUGUGACCUGAAAAGGAUUAUGUGCUUCUAAUUUGAAAACACAAGAUAACUUAUGUAAAGGAAAAAAAAAUUGUAUAAUGAUAUGACUUUUGUUCUGUUAGCAAGAUCAGUGAAAACCUCUGCAUGGUGAUCUGAUGAGUUAGUGCUGACCAAGGGGGUAAAAGUGUAAGAAGAAGAAACAGAAAAAACCUCUUUUAAGAAUUCUGAAUAUUAUUUUAGCUUGGUUUAGGUUGGUUAUCAAACUGAUUUAGAUUGGGUAUUAAAGUGACUCCCUCCCACCCUUUUUUUCUUUUAGUCUUUUGACAAGGUAUAUUGAGCUUAUUGAAUCACUCAUAUGGCUUCACAUUUUUUUUGAAAGUGUAAGAAAUUCUGUAAUAAAAGAGGAGAAAAGGUGGAAGAGGAAUCCUAACUUCUCAGUGUAACUAAUAGAAUCCAACCAUGGCUUGUGAUAAUAUAGAACAUUUAUUCUUAUAAAGUAAAAAAGUAUUGUUUGCAUUUCUUUUUUUUUUUUUUUUUUCAUAUUGUACCACAAAUACUAAUGAUGCAUUUAGGGGUGAGAUAUCUUUUUCACUCUCCUUUCCUUUCCUUUCCUUUCCUUUCCUUUCCUUUCCUUUCCUUUCCUUUCCUUUCCUUUCCUUUCCUUUCCUUUCCUUUCCUUUCCUUUCCUUUCCUUUCCUUUCCUUUCCUUUCCUUUCCUUUCCUUUCCUUUCCUUUCCUUUCCUUUCCUUUCCUUUCCUUUCCUUUCCUUUCCUUUCCUUUCCUUUCCUUUCCUUUCCUUCCCUUCCCUUCCCUUCCCUUCCCUUCCCUUCCCUUCCCUUCCCUUCCCUUCCCUUCCCUUCCCUUCCCUUCCCUUUCCUUCCCUUUCCCUUUCCCUUUCCCUUUCCCUUUUUCAUGUUUAUUUUUAUAUUUCUUUUUAUAUUUAUUUUUAUUUUUUUUAUAUUUUCCUUCCUUCUUUCUCUUUCCUCCUCUCCUCAUCUAUCCUAUAUUGCACACUUUACUCCUGUCGUUGCUAAAACAACCUGAAUUUCAAAUGAUCAGUCCCAGAAGAUAUACCCUGUAAUUUCUAGACAUUUUUUCACACUAUUUGAAACACCAGAUGUUAUGUCAGUCUCAUUACCAAUUAGAAGUCUGACAUACAUGCAGCUUCCACUUUUAUGCUUCUAUGGCCCACAUUCUCGCUUUUUUUUUUUUUUUUUAAGAUUUACCUCUCAUUAUUUUAAUGGUCGCUUAAGGUAGUAAAAACAUGUUCAGUUGAUUCUGCAUAUUGCAGUAUUUAAUUUCUGAAUGUUUUCUUAUGUUUUCUUUUUUUACAAAGCAUAUAGCAAAUUCUUUGGGUUAUUCAUCUUAGGAAAACAUUGGAUGUGGUAGUACCUUUUCUCAUAUCACAUAAUAACUUAAUUCUUAAAAUAAUAUAGCAAAAUUAAUGGUAAAAUCUUAUAAGACCCUCUCACCCAUGGAAAACACAAUUUAGAAAAUACAUCUGAAAAGGCGGGAAUAGCUAAUCGUGGUUGUUGAUAACAUCUGAAGGUGACGUCCUGGUUCUGUAGUUUGUUCAGACUUUUAUUUAUCUGGAGCUAAUAUGUCUAGCCUGUGAGUUGUGUGUUUCUUACAGAAACUUAAGAGUCUGCUUAAUGCAUAUGGUUCCCUCUCAGGGGGUGAAUCCAUUAAGACAAUACAUCCUGAAGGACAGCGUAAACAAGAGCUCCUUCAUUUUUAGAGGGCAGGUUCUUUAUAUUGCUCUGUGUCUCCAGGGAGCCUGAAUAGCCUUUUGCUUGUUUAAAGGCUGACAUACCGAAAUGCCGUGUCUCCAAACCAGCCUCUAGAGAAGGAGGCCAAAACCUUUGUUUGUCUUAUGCAGAAAUGAGAACGCUAUUGGCGCUACAGGCAUUAAACAAGAAAAAUGGGGAGAGAAGAGAGAGUGAAUGGCAGACAAUUCCAUAGCUGUCAGCCUUCAAAUGGUCUUCACAUCUGUAUUGAUUAUUUGAUUGUAGGGAAUUGUACCUCCCUUCUGCCGCAUCCAUUUACUCUGGAAAAUGCAGAACCUCAAGCUAAGGAGUGACAAGUGCAUGGAGGAGUAGAUGAGUGAGGCGGUUCUGUGGGAAGAGUAGGCAGGACAGCAGCACUCUGAAAGGGGCGGCUGUACUAAUGGUUUAUUUACACCAUUUCUCAACCCUUCUAAGAAGCUUUGCAAUGUUCUCCGAUGAAAUGAGAGCACAUAGAUCUCUCUGCAGUCCAGCAAUACUGUCUUACACUUUUGUGUUUAUCUAUGUAUUAAUACUAUCCUAAUAUAAAUACAACAAGUCUUCACAAAUUGUAUUGCUUUUUUCUUUUCAUUGUUCAGCUACAUUUCAGAGUACCUAGCUGUAUGAUAAUACUCCAGAGAUACUAAGUAAGCACGGUUAUGCUUUAGAAUAAUUGUUUAUUCUUAAAAUACUGAACAAAACAGAGUUAGGAAACAAAAAGAGACACAUUUCAGUCCUAGGAAACAGAGGUAUUUAUUUAAUUGAAUAUACAAAGAAAUAAAGUGUAAUGAAGUUUGUAAUUAAAUGGUUAUCAAAUUAACUAUUUAACUUACAGCUAAUGGGCCACAUUUUGCUUCUGGUUUUGUAAAUAGAAAACUGGAUUCCAGUGACUUCAGGAAAUUACAAAACAUUUACUUUGGUCUUAUGAGUUUGGCUUAUUAUCAUUGAAAUAAGCCAAUUGUCUUAGCAUUUUUGGUUAGUAAAGGGAAUAAUCUGAAUACAGGUAUGAUAAACAUCUGUAGUUCUGCUGCAUACCUCCAAAAUUAAUUACAUCUAUAUCCAAUCUACUGACAAAUUAACUGAACGUUAAUGUGGUAUAGCACCGUAAAAUUUAUCUUGGAACAAUGUUGUCCUGAUUAUAUGGGAAGUUAAGUUUACAUCCACAUGUACAAAUGUGGUUCUUGAAAAUGAUGGACACUAUGAACUGACAACGUAUCUUUAUUUAAUUCUGUGGGCUUGGUCCUGAAAUUGUGUAUUAGAUUAAAUAACUUGAUAAAAGUUGUUCCAUUUGUGGUGGUUUUGUCAUGGAAGAUGCAACCACUUUCACUGCAAUUUUUCAGCCUCGUAUUUACAGUAUUUUUAAAUUUUACAGAAAUCCAUAGACCAUAGAUAGUUGAACGUCAAUGAUUUUUUUUUAUUUUUUUUCUGUUUGGACACAAUUGCUAUUGUAUAUCAUGACAUGGUUGUGAGUGACCUUUCAAAAAUAGUUCUAGAAAAGGGGGAGAUAAAAAUCUGAAAUACUUCAUGUAAUGAAACAUUUUCUUCUCAUGAUUUCAAGAAUAUAUCUGAUUUUGUGAUUAUCAACACCUUCUGGUAAUUUUGUACCAAUACUGUGACAAAAAGUUUAUAUUCCUGUUUGGGAAUAGAGACAAAAUAAAACUUGAAAGGUGACAAUCUAGUACAGUUUUCUAAUUUCUGAAAGCAGAGUUUAAUUACUAAGUAGAUUAUUAUUUUGACCAUCUGUAUUUUUUUACCAUCUGUACUUUAAGAAAUAAAUAUAUAUAUGUGUGUGUAUAUGGAAGUGUAUGCAUACAUAUAUAAGUAUGCAUAUAUGUGCAUGUAUACAUACACUUAUAUUUAUCUAUAUUUCUUAAAUUAACAUUGUCUCUACUGUCAAGGAAUAUUUCCUCGUGUGUUUUGAAAGCUUUUAGGCCUGGAAUGAAGCAAAAGUGCUUCAGAUAGCAUAUGAAGCAUAUAAAUGCUAAAUCCACAGAGUCACCAAAAAGUCACUCCAGUCCUACAAGACUUCAACUUGUCCAAUAUAGUGCUAUAAAUGUUGUUUUGUGAUUGCUAGGAACAAAAGUUCAGGCCCAAAUCCAGUUUGUAACUGGCUGAAUAGAGAUUGAGAGGCAUUAAUAUUCUUACGCCUUAAAACUGUACUUUUUACUUUUGGAAUAGUAUCAUAUAACAAGAGUGGCCUGAGUUUAACUUUGCUAUAACUUCAUUACAAUAGCAACUAGUUUGUUGAGUCAAAUGGACAAAUAAACACAUACUUACAUGCUUCACCUACUAAAUGUAUCUAUGAGAAUUGAAACAAUUCUUUAAAAUCUCUCAUGAUUAGAUAUCUGAAUUUAGUUUUAAAAUAAUAAUUUCAUAACUGUAUUUAAUUAUGUAGUAAAAAUUGCAUGACAAAGAUGUGUUCUCUUUCUAAAUGCUGAACUUAGGAGAACAAUUCAGUUUAUUAGUCACAACUUUAAUAAAGCUGGUAGUCUCAAUGGCAGUUGCUUUCUGCUAAAAUUAAAGCAGGGUUGUUCACAGUAUUGAUACUUUUCAGCUAUGAUAGUUUUAUAAUUGUAAAUUCUAUUUUAAAAUUUAUAUAUUAAACAUUUAAGAUGCA